AUGGAUGAUAAAGGGACAAGGAUUGAUCCAAAGACCGGGGUUAGCGUGUUUCACAAUAUGAUUCACGUUGAAUUUGGCUAUAUGAAAAAUAACGAAGACUGGGUCGAGGUAUUGGAAAUGCUCAACUUUUGCCCCAAGCUUCAAGUUCUUGUCAUUGACAAGAUGUAUCUUGAGUCCUUGCCUCAACAUGGGGUUGAAGUAGCGGAUUGGUCAUACCGAGAAUCUGUUCCUGUGGGCAUUUCGUCCCUCAGAUCGUGUCGUCUUAACAGUUACAAAGGUUUGAAAGGCGAGUUACGGUUUGCAGAAUAUGUUAUGGGGAAUGCAGAACAUUUGCAGAGCAUGAUAAUAUCCAGUAGCAUUUAUGCAAAUCCAGAGAAGAGUUUAGAAGGUCACAAAUCCAGAACACCCAUUUCAACAACAACAUCAUCAUGCCAUCUUUCAUCAUCAAAAAACAAUGACCGUCGCCGGAGGGUAACCCUACAUGAACAAAUGUCAGCUUCCGAUAGCAGCCGAGGGCGAGUGCUAACCGGCUUGACCCUUGACGACGUGUUAGCGAACCAGAAGAGACCUUCCUCAACGCCGCCCAGGGAAUCACCACCAACCAAGAACAGAACCCUACUUGACAUCAUCAAAGACGACGAGACCAACAAAAAGGAUCGCAGAUCGUGGAAAGCUUUCAAGGAUAAGAUUCGACUAAAGCGCGCAGGCUCUGCUUGGACAUCGUCAAUUCAUAUCCCUACUUCGGAUGUUCCUGUCCCUAACCCGAAUAGCAGAAUCUUUACCCAGUUUGGUCGCCGUAACUCGGUCCGAUUCCCAACUCAGACUCUACCUUCGACUCAGGAUCCCACUCACUCCGACUCGGACAUGGCAUCUAACUACAUGACUCACCAGGUCGAGGACCUCGAGCCCGCCACCGAGGACUCCACUUCUCCGUCCACCGCGGCUCCGGCCAUCCGCCCCCAGUUCAGCCGCCGAGGGUCCACCCGCUUCGCUGUCGAAGGCACCGAGGCCAACCCGGCCGGAAGCCUCCGGCCGCAGCUCUCGCGGAAGAACUCGACCAACAUGCCGUCGGAGCCGUACCGGCGGGGGCGCGUGGUGACCUUCCGCGACAGCUUCGACGACGAGGAGGCAGAAGACGGCGAGAAGCUGGGGGAGGGGCGGGCGCUGUCGGCCAGGGAGGCGGUGGCGGCGCAGGAGGCGGCAGAAGCGGCGGCGCAGGAGGAGGAGGGCCAGGAGCAGGCCCCUGUGAUGAUGUCGCUGAUGGACUUGUUAGAGGAGACUGAUAGGGAAAUGGGGCUUGAAGGGUCAAGGUAUAUAUUGAGUGAUGAAGAGGAAGAUGAGGAUGAAGAUGAAGAUGGUGAAGAUGAUGGAGUGGGUUCCAUGGAGCACACUUGCUGUAUUUGCAUGGUCAGGCAUAAGGCUGCUUCUUUUAUACCUUGUGGCCACACUUUCUGCAGGAUGUGUUCAAGGGAGCUUAUGAUUGAUCGUUACCUAACAACAGGGUUUACUGUAAUGUUGGGUACUAGUGGUAAGUAG